AUGGACGCUCCCUUACCAGAAAAUAACACCACCAACGAUGCUAAACACCACCAAAACGUUAUUGUAAUGAGACACGGUGACCGAAUCGACAACUUCGAGCCAUUAUGGAUCACAAAUGCCAGUAGACCAUGGGACCCACCUCUUGUGGAAGCGGGUCGGGUCAGAGCUUUUUGUACGGGUCGGAAACUUAAAAAGAAUCUUGGCUUCCCGAUCCAUCGGGUCUUUGUUUCUCCUUUUCUCCGUUGUAUCGAGACCGCCUCCGAGGCUGUCUCCGCCCUCUGCGCCGUCAAUGAUGACCCUGACGUUGUUAGUAGCCACGGUGUCGCAAUCGAUCCCUCUAAACUCAAGGUCUCUAUUGAGUAUGGUUUGUGUGAGAUGUUGAAUAGGGAAGCCAUCAGACGUGAUUGCGUGCCCAAAGACGGGAGCUUUGGAUUCAAUAUCGCUGAGCUUGAAGCCAUGCUGCCAGCUGGAACACUGGAUCAUGCUGUGAAACCAGUGUAUGAAGAGUUGCCACAAUGGGAAGAGACUGUGAUGGGUGCAAGGACUAGAUAUGAACAAAUCAUUAAGGCGCUUGCAGAUAAAUACCCUUCAGAAAACUUGCUUCUUGUCACACAUGGGGAAGGAGUAGGAGUUUCAGUUUCUGAAUUCUUGAACGACGUAACAGUUUAUGAGGUAGAGUACUGUGCAUAUUCGCAACUAAGAAGACCUGUUUUCCUCGAAAACAAGUCAUUUACUGCUGGAGAGUUUGAGGUGCUCACGCAUAAUGGUCGAACUGGCAUCAGUUACUGUUCUCGAAUCCCUAUGGCUGUGGAUGAUGAUGCUAUGUGA